GGUGAACCAGGGAUAAUCUCGGCUUCGCCAGGUCUCUUCCGUCCCCUCUGUUCACGGCAUUAACAGCUCCAGCAUCUUAAGCUCCAACAUGUCCCACGUGUCCGACAUCGAGGACGCUCUAUCGAUCGUGGAGUCUGCGGUAUCGGAACGGGCAAGUCGCUCUUCUUACCGGACAUGGACCAUCCCCAAGAUGAUUGCCGAGCUGGACAAGCGAGGAAUCCGCCAUUCGGCCACAGCCCGAAAGGCCGAAUUAUAUCACCUAUUGUUUCCUGAGCCAUCUACAGGGUCCACGGAGCAGAUCCCCAUGUCGACCAUACAGCUGUCACUAACGCAGCUACACGCCACGAUAAACAAUUUGUCCAGUUCCAUCUGUGACAUGAAUACCAGGCUCCAGGCGGUCGAAAGCAGGGACGCUUCACCUGCCGCACCCUCCAGUCCCGCCCCUGGUCCUUCCACUUCCCAGCCAUCUUCCUCAGGUAGGUUGUCUGGGCCGCCCGAAAUAGCCCCCUCCUUUUUCGUCCCCGAAAACCUGCGCAGGGACAUUCUCGCAGGCAAGGACGUGAACCUGGCUGCGGUCCUCAUCUCCACGCACGACACGGUGGAAAACCGGACCAUCGCUUGCGGGGACGUGUCCGUAGUCCUGAAGGCCAAAGACGCGAGGUUGAACAAAAAACUCUCCAUCCCAGAGUUCGUGCUCGCGUUCAGCCUCUACCGCGACAUCAUCUGCGCAGCACACCCAGCCAGAAGAGAGGAGCUGGACGCAUAUUUAUACAGGGUCACGGAGCUUGGGCACAAAUACGGAGGAUUUGCAUAUUACGACUAUCACCGGUCAUUUUCGGCGAAGGCAGCUGCAGCCCUCGCCCAGUUCCAGCAUAUUACCAACUGGGCCUCCCUCGACAUGGAGCUAUUCUGCAGACACUUUGCAGGUCUCAGGUCUCCUUUUUGCUCCUUCUGCCAGUCAGUCCUGCACGCCUCCGAUUGGUGCCCAAGCUCCCACGCCUCCCCCCUGCCAAAACAGCAGCCGAGCACUUCGGCCCCCCAGAAACCGGGUCCGCUCCUGGACAAAUUGGGUCGCCCCAUCGUGUACCUGGGAAAAAACCAGUUGUGCAACAAUUUCAACUCCAGCUUCUGCAACUAUAGCAAAUGUAAGGCGCUCCACAUUUGCUCCACCUGCUUCCGGGCCCACCCCCAGUCCACCUGCUCCCAGCGCUCGGCCAAAAGCUGACUGGCCGACAUUAAUGUCCCCCUUCUCAUCUCCCUCCUCAAUACCCACCACGAUCCCGCCUUCGUCCAAUUCCUGCAUUCCGGUUUUUCAUCAGGCUUCCACACCGGCCUGGUCACCCUGCCUCGGGAUUCCUGGGAGACCCCCAAUCUCAUGUCAGCCAUGACGGACCCGGCCUCGGUGGAUUCCCUUCUGCAGGUCGAGCUGCAGAAGGGUUUCAUCAUAGGGCCUUUUCCCACCCCUCCCUUCCAAGUCUACAGGGUGAGCCCCAUUGGGUUGGUCCGCAGCAAAAAUUCCAAUAAAAACCGAUUAAUAUAUGAUUUGUCAGCGCCUCAUGCAUCCAGCACCCCGAGCCUCAACUCGUUGAUACCAUCGGAAGAAUACUCCAUGCGCUAUUCUUCCCUGGACGAAGCCAUCCAACUCAUCCUACAGGUAGGGGCAGGGGCUUGGCUCUCAAAAGCGGACAUUUCGGACGCUUUCAAGCUUCUACCAAUCCAGCCCCACCUCUGGAGGUUUCACGGGAUCAAAUGGAGGGACCAGUAUUACUUUGCCACCCGCCUCACGUUCGGGUCAAAGAGCAGCCCCUGGCUCUUUGAUCAGUUCGCCCAGGCCCUCCAUUGGAUCCUGGUAAACCACGGCAACUGUCCCAGAGUCAUACACUACCUGGACGAUUUCUUACUGGUCGAGAACCCAAACCACGUGCCCGACAGGUUGGAAAGCCUCCUCUGCAUUUUUUCCGCCUUACAGGUCCCAGUGGCGCCAUCAAAGGUUGACGGCCCUAGCACGGUCCUCACCUUCUUGGGUAUCACGCUCGAUACCUGCAGAAUGGAAGCCAGACUCCCAGAGGACAAACUAGUCAGGCUC